GUUCGACCGUGGGCGUGUACACUGUGUUGCCAAAUUAUGUUUAUGAAAGUGUGUUUUUGCUAUUAAAUAUACACCUUUGUUUCUCGACAUUUUAUGAAAUUGAUACAAUGUUUUUGUCAAACAUGGCAAUAAUGAUUUGCCGAGUUAUCGCUGCGUUCUGUGAUGUUUCCUGCAGAUGUCAAGAAGCAAGGGUGCAAAUUACGUUUCCUAUUGGCUGUGGUGAUCGGUAUAUGUAAGGCAACGUGAUUUUUGAUAUGUGCAUGGUACAUGGUGGUGACAUGCUCAGGCUCAUUAAGAAUUAUGGAAACAGAAAAACCUUUCAAAGAAGGACAUUUGUUGUUCCCACCCCAUGGUGUUUUGGGACAGCUAAAGAAAUCAUGGCAUAAGAAAUUCUGUCAGCUGUUUAAGUCAAGCAAGAAUGGCAUUGAACGAUUGGAGGUAUUUGAUAAUGAAGAGGAAGUAUCAAGGAAUACAACUGUUAGGAUAAUUACCUUGGAAAAUUGCAUCAAAAUUAUGCAGGAUGCUCAGAAACAUCAACCAAAUGUAUUUGCUAUUGUCACGAAGUCUGCUAUCCAUCACUUUGCUUCUCUGUCAGAGAAGGAGAUGUCAGAUUGGAUAUCAGCAUUUCAGUCUGUUGUCUUCAAGGAUGACUGUUCAAGACAUACCAUUGAAGAGGACAAUGACUUGUAUUGCUCCUCAGGUGAAGGUGUAUUCACUGUGAACUUGGUGCCUUCAGAAGCAUCUACACGCUGCAAGUUGGAACCAGGACCUUAUACACUAGUGGUAGCUUCAGCAGCCAUACAACUUCGUGACAGUCAGGAGCACCGCCUCCUCUUUACCUGGCCAUAUCGCUAUAUUAGGCGGUAUGGGUACCGAGAAGGCAAGUUCAUUUUUGAAGCUGGCCGUAAGUGUGAUACAGGUGAAGGAGUUUUUCAUUUGGAGCACUCAAAUCAGCAGGAGAUAUUCAGAUGUCUCUCUUCUAAGAUGAAGAGCAUGCGGAAGCUCUUGUCUGGUGAAGCGCCAUCCACACCUAUCAUUAUGUGUGGAGAUAACCAGUUCCAGGCUGCUCUCAGUAUGGAGGCAAGAUCUCGGAGUCCUCUACCUCCUUCCCCAACAAGUGCCACGCCUAUACUUGACUUAGAUAUCAGUGCCAUGUCACAGUCAUCCAUUAAGCCAUUAAUUUCUCCAAUUACAGAAAACAAGCCUUUAGUAACUAACAGUACUCCUCCAUUAAUAAAACCUAAACCAAGGCCUUCCAAGCCACCUCGAAAGCAUGUCCAGCCUACCGCCACUCCGAAGAAAAUUAAAGAAUCUGAUGAUUUGGCGUUGGAUUGUGGUGGAUUUGGAAGGUAUAGAAAGCUUCAGAACAGUUAUAUUCUGCCUGUACUAGCCAUUCCUUCAGCAGUUACAACACCUGUUUCUGAGAAUCCUAAACCUUUAGCAUAUGAUAAAGUGGAGAUUCGUAAAGAGGCAUGGCGUACUAUGGGAGUAACCGACUUAGCGCAUACUGAACGUCAGUUUGUUGCAAGUGACACUGAGGAGGAAACAGAUGGAAAUCCUGCUGCAGUGCCAGAACCUGUAAGUAGUAGUUCAGUCAGACCUCCAUGUUCAAAGAUCUUGCUGACACAAAUCUCAAGCAAACUUGAAUCCAUGGAGGAUUAUGACAAACUGCAGCACUUUGGGUCAUCAUCUAAACUCAAUAGCAACCCAGGGUACCGGCUUAUUCCUCCAGCUAGUGCCCCACCCCCUGUUCCAGCAGUUCCAGUUGACCUACAUCCAUCCUGGAAUGAGUAUGAUGUCAUAGAUGAGAAGAUGCAGGCAUGCCGCAUGGCUGAUGACUCUCAUCAUGGUUAUGGCAUGAUACGUAAGAAAUCAACUCCCAAUGCUCAAAAUGAUCUCGGGCCCAACCACAAAGUUUACAACGAACAAGAAUAUGCUGUGGUCCAAAAGCCAAAAAGAGUCUAGUCGUGUCACCAUUGUACUUCACAUCUGUGAUGCAGUAUUCUUAUUUUUUAAUAAAUAUUUGUAUUUAUAUUUAUCUAAAGAUUGAAUCUUUCUGAGAAUUUCCUGAGGUUAGUAGUGGAGAUUGGUUUCUUUGGAAAAUUGUCAUUUAGGGGGGAUGUAGGUAUAAAUUAUAUUGCUUCCUGUCCCAUUGAGAUUAAGGGAGAUGGUUAUGUCUUCUUUAAUUUUGAAGAUCUGAAGAAACUACCUCACAUGCUUGUAUUUGACUUUUCUCAUUCUUGCCAUGUAAUUUGCAAUAUGUUGUCUUUCCCCGAAUAUGUAUUUAUCUUUAGGUUUUCUUAGUUGUCUUUCAUCACUCAAAAGCUUUCACAAACAUUUACUUAUGCAGGCAAGAGAGUAAAAUGAAAUAUGUGUUUAUCUGAAAACAAAUUGUUGCAAAUGUCCCCCACUGAAGCAGACUUAUAAAUAAUGUGAAUAGUUGACAGUUCAGUUACUGGCAGGGCAGGAUUUUUUCCUUCACAACAUCCAGACCAGCUCUGGGGCCAGCAAUACAAGAUACAAAAGUUUUCAUCUGCACAAGCAUUUACCCAAUGCUGAGGUGUAUAUUAAACAGGAUGAUUUUAUGGUUUCAUUCUUGACCUGGGUGACAAUUUUCUAUUGGGGGAUGAGCAACAUUUUUAAUUGGAAUUGUUUAUAAAUAAGAAUCUGUACACAGGUGGAUAAAUAAAAAAGUUUUUUUUUUUGGACAGUAGGAUAACAUAUUCAGUAUUUUUUAAUUUAAUGAAAUGAUUUUUGAAAAGGUACAGGGGUCUCCCUACCUUUGAACUGCAUGUAGAGUACUUAGUAAAGGUCCCGUGAGUAGUGGUAGCACCUAAAUGAGUGAUGUGUAAGCCGAGAGAGGGGAGUUCAGUAGUAGUGGGGGUUGUAUAGCCUCAGCUGCAGUGACAACCAAUUUAAACACAGCUAGAGUUACAAAUCAACCGAAGCUGACACCCCUUUAGCGUGUGCUUCGGACAGGUCCAUCUCAUAUGACCAAAAUCAGUCCUUUGCGCAAGUGCCAGCACAUCUCGCGCGACCUAUAGACUGAACAGUUGAGAGGGGGAAACAGAUAAGCAAUAUUUUAUUAGCUUUGAGGAUUUUAUAUAGAUAUUUUGUAGGUUAUUGUAUUAAAAACAGUCAAUAUAAUUAUCAGUUCCUGUUGAAUUUGCCUAGUGCCUUAUAUGUGAGUUUAGGUAAAAUGUUAUAGAUUAGUAUGCAGUGUACAAAUGUCCCAUUUAUACACUUUCUAGCACAUAACACGCAUUUGAAUUACUUAAACAUGCCCAAGUUUCUAACAUGUCAAAGGUACACGAAUAUUCUAUGCAAAAGAAGCCAAUAAAUCUUUAUGCUUAUCAACAGUUCUCGUUCUUUCAAAGUUUUGCUGAUAUGUUUGUUCUUCCAUGCAAUACAUUUUUAUGUACAACCACUCUGACAAAAGAUGUUACUAAUUCCUGUAGGGAGGUAAUUUCUUUCGUGGUGAGUGUCUUCUGUGUUAGUCUAGCAAUGGAAAGUCUUGUCUUAAAUUAUUUAAUAAUAAUUGAUGGGCAUACUAACUGGCCGUCAACGUAACAUUUGAUUAAGUCAUAGAAGCUUCUGUGAAUGGAUCAUACACCUUUGUAGUUUCCAUCUUUUAUUCCAGUAUUGUAAAUUGCUGUCUUGCCAGGAGUACUCUGUCCUUGUGAUAUUUGAGAAUAUGAUGGCAAAGUAAAGUGCAGGGCAUUACCUGUAUAUAUGUCAAAUAGACUUAAUGAGUGUACUUAAUUCAGUUUGUUCAUACACACUGUUAAUAUGUUCUAAAGUUAAUCUUUCCUAGAACACUCAUGUACAUAUUUCCACCACUUAAAAAUUAUGCUCCCACACAUGGUUUAAUAUGUUGCUAUUGUUAGAGAACUGUGUUUGUGCUUUUAACCCUCAGUAAUUGUACCUAGAAGCAAAUAAAUGUGCAAGAUGCACAAACUAUUGCAAAGGUUUAAGUGUGUUAUGUGCUGGAUAUUAUGGCAACAAGUUUUUGUUGGAAAUAACAGCAGUUGAAGUAAUGAGUGGUUAAUGAACAAAACUAUAUAUCUUGUUGUAAGAUUUGAGGUUUUCACAGCGGUAAGUAUGAAGAUUUCUGUCUUCUGGGUUGUUGUGCUGUGUAGUCUGGUCGAUGUUAACCAACGUUUCAGAGGGUGAUGAAUAUUCAUAUUCAUAGCCCUGAUGACGGAGGCAGUAUGACCUCUGAAACGUUGGUUAACAUCGACCAGACUACACAGCGCAACAACCCAGAAGCCAGAAAUCUUUAUAUAUCUUGUUAUACCAAGCAUGAGGGUCCAGUUAUGAAGUUGAUUUAUAUGUUAAUUGUGAGUUAAAAUGUUAGGAUCAGUAAAUUUUUUGUGUACACUUUUUAAAGUAUUGCUGUUUCAGAAAUGUUAUAGCAGUAUUCAGUUAUGUUAAUUACAUUGUUCAAUAUUUUUCUAAAAAGAAAGAUCAAUGCUACAGAUAAGAACAUGUCCAAAUUCUUAAAUGUCAAUGUAUUGUUUUCAUUACUCUUGAAAUUCUACACAUUAUCACACCAUUUUGUGAGGAAGCAAUGAGAAUGUUUCCUGUGCCGUUGCCAGUUGCCUUGCUGAUAAUGUUAUUGUUCAGAUUAAUUACUGUUUGAUAAUAAUCACAUUAUUCCACUAUUUCUUCUUGUUUCUGACAUCAUGAUAUAUAGCUGUGACAGGUUGUUAGGCCAGUCUUGGAAUCAGUCUGUUAUUUCCUUGAGAAUUUUAUACAUGAGAUUCCAGUAUCUGUAAAUACUGUAAGUGAAACUGAACAUUUUGUAUAAUUAUUAAACUCCUUAACUCUUGGUCAAGCAAUAUUUGAGUAAGAGGUGAGGCUCCAGAUGGGAGGUAAGGUUGUGUUAUGCUGGUGGGUCAGUGCUGGCAUGUGUCAGGGGCAGUGACAGAUGUGUAUGGCUUGAUCAUUGGUCAAAUGAUGACCAAUGCAGGAGAAACCAAAGCACUCAGAGAUAAACAUUCCCAGUGUCACUUUGUUAUCCACAAAUUUCACAUGGACUCCCCUGGUACUGAUCCUGUGACGGCAUCUACCAUAUUUUCUGGUGUAUGAGGCGCAGUUUUCUCCCUAAAAAUGACCAGAAUAUUAACAGUGCAUCUUAUACACUGGCAGAUAAUGAUGAUGUACAUAUUAAAAGCCAUCGUUAAAAAGCUGUCUUCCUGGAAGUGACUCCUUGAUUAUGGUUUGUCCUUUCCUCUUUAUAUUGGCCUUCAAAUCUGGUUCCUGUAUUUUAUCAGUUUAUAGCCUAAACAUUUUUGAAUCUUUGAUGUGCAUGUCUUUGGGUUUUCCUUGUACUUAUAAACCCCCUGCCUUAUAUUUUUCUGUCAUUAGUGUAUAGAUUUAAAAAUAUUUCUUAAUUUUUUCUUCCAAAAUUGUUGUGUGUCUUAUACACCAGGAAAUAUGUUGACUGCCUGAGCUGUCUCACAGUCACUGUUGUUCGAUGCCUGAUAGUGGUAUUACAUGUUACAGCAUGAUACCUUACAUGUCUCCAGCAGAGAAAGCACUUAAAACUGUAGUCCAUUUUUUUAAAACUUAUAUUAUAAGUACAGAUUUAUAGUUUAAUAACUUCUUUGUGACUUAGGGUUUAUUUUCAGAAAUUGUUAUAAAUUAACUGAAUAAUAGUUACCUUGCAGUUUAAGUUGUCUUUGUGCUCAUAUAAAGGAUGUAAAAAACAGAUAGAAAUUGGGUUUUGGAUUUAAUACAUUGUACAGUCUGUCCCAAAAAGAUUUAUACACACAUUCAAUGAAUGAAAUACAGAAAUUUUAAUAAACUAAACCAUUACAUAUAUCAGCAUUAGUACUUUGUGAAUUAGCUAAAUUAGUGUAGAUGUUCAAAAUCACCACCAUAAGCUUUGUGGCACAGUUGACAGCAGUGGGCAACUGACUUACAAGUGGCCACCAAAGAUGCUGCUGUGUAUUUGGGACAACCUGUAUAGUCAUUUCCCAAUGAAUUUUAUCAUUGUGAUAAAUUAGCGGGUAAGUUAUAAAAUAAUACUUUAAAAUGAAGAGGAGAAUGUGUGAUUUAAUAAUAUUAAAUAUAUGCAAUAUAAUACAGUGUCUGUUCUAACAAACCAUUUGGUGACAUACUUUUUCAGAAGAUAAUUUCAGUAACAAAAAGUUUAAGCAUGUAGUGAAUUAAUUUAUUUUAGUGUUUUUUAAAAUCUUUAAGGUACAUAUUUUCAUGUCCUCUUGCUUUGCUGCAGUUUUGAUCUUACGAUGAUCAGAACUUCAAAAAGUGUUACUUGAGAAGUUCCACCACAAAUUUAUCUGUUGAAUUAUAACAAAAUUUUGUGUUGCAGAAAGUUUUUUGGACAACACAAUAAGCUAUUAAUUCAUAAAUACCAGUAAAGCUAAAGGAAAGCUGUCCCACUAUACACCAUGUAGGCACUAGGGGGAAAGGUGGUCUACUCAUGCUUGACCAUGGGGGUGAUUUGGUCAGCAUCACGCCCCAGCCACGCUUUACCCCCGGGAAAGGACCCUGGUACCCAUUGGAUAGGAGGCUGAGUGGGACUCAGAACAGGUCUGGACAGAGGCUAGAGAAAAAUCCUCUCUCCCUGUCAGGGAUCGAACCCCAGUCGUCCAGUCUGUAACCAGUCACUAUACUGACUAAACUACCCCGGCUUAUGUUCAUAAAUACCUGUCUGAUGAAAUCAUCUCUAUCUGAAGAUAGGUAUGAUUUCUGAAGCCCAUAACAUUAAAUUUAGUUCUGGUGUUGACGUUUUGGGACACAAGUACUUAUAAUUCCAAGAAAUGGGAGACUUUUAUAGCCAAGUAAAUUAUCCUUAUCUCCACAUACAUCUGUAUUGUCUAAGUGCUGAAGUAAGGAAAAAUACUUCAGAUAUUUUUGUAGUUUUCAUGUUCAUGUUUUAUUUUAUAUAUAACUCAGAAAUGUAUAUCAUUUAUCCUGCAGUUAAGAUUGUUGAAAGAUUGUGUUAUAAUGAAAUUGUGUACCAAAGCACUUUCUUCUAUAUUGUAUUAUUUGCAACCAUACUGUCUUUCUUUGAGUGAAAUUCAGUCAAAAGUCUUGUUUCUUCCUCUCAUUCUUUCCCAAUUACUUUAUAUGAUAUCAAGUCUGUAUUCACAGAACAUGUUUUGGUCAGCAUUUUCCAACCAUUUCUGAUGCACAGACCAGUAAAACAAUAGUGAAUUUUGCAUGGACUGUUGUCCUGUCUGUCUCGCAUUAUACAAUAAGAAUCUAAAAAUAUUCUAAACAUGUUUAUUUACAAUAUAGGAAUUAACACCAUUGAAUGAUAUUCAAUUUAAAUAAAUGCCAAAAAUCACCAUUGCUGAUGAUAUGCAAUUAAGAAGUAUGCACAAGGUAAUAUUAAAUUGACUUGUCUGUCAAUAAGAGGGCAGAAACAACAGAAAUCUCAAUAAAAUUGCAUAGUUUGCAACCUUCACCUAAUAUUGUUAGGGUGAUCACAUUUAGGAGGAGGUUAGUGGGAUAUGUAGCAUGCAUAGGAGAGAUGAUAAAUGUAUACAAAGUCAAUUCCUUUUAUGUAGGAAAAUGUAUUAUCAUCUACAGGUUCAGUGCCAUUAACUCCUGCCAUUCCAAGUUCAAAACCUUAUGCCAGUUUUCCAUUUCUUUGGUAAUUCUAAAGGAUCUAUCCAAAGUUCUGUGGUACAUUUUGUAAUAUGCUAGUUUUCUUUAUGUUAAAAGGGUUCUUAUCCCCUGUUCAACUACCAUACUAAAUGACAACCCAAUAUUAGCUUUAACUGCUUAUUUAAUAGAUUCACAAAUGCUGGAGGCCAUAUCCAUCUGCAGUCUGUGUGUCAUUCUAUGGUGAAAAGGGGCCCAUUUAAUAUGGACCUUAUAUAAGGGUUAAGAUAGACUGAAAAUAAUGUCCUUUUUUACCAUCAUGUAAUUUUUCUUGUUGAUCCCUGUAUGUGAACCUGCACAGGUUAACAAUACUUUUCGGGAGCUACAUGUGUGGAAUGAAGCAUUAUUAUCUUUUGUAGACAAUGUUUUCCUAUCAUGAUGAACUUUUGCAGCAUUAUUCUCCAAAUGCCUUUUGUUAUUGAAUAUGUGCUAUUUCUUGCCCCACCUUCCACUUUUGAUAGGUUAGGAAAAAUCUUUUGGUAUGAUUAUUGAUGUCUGAUGAAACAUAGAAUUUUGCAUUAAAUCCAAGACAGACUUCAUUGAAAACCUAUAGAGCCUGAUAAGAAUUAAUUUCUGUGACCUUCAUCUAUGCCAAAUACAUUUUACCACACAAAGUGUCUUAGGUUCAGAUAACAUAAAUCAUACAAUGGUGUGAACAAAGUACUUUAUAGCAGAACAAAUAUUUAAUUGCAAAAAAUGUUAAGGAAAUGUGAAGGGUUUAGUGCCAAAGAGGAUGUUUCUCCAUUAAUAUAACAUUGGGGAGGGGGAAGUAAAUCAUUUUUGUAAAUGUAUGUUAAAUGUUAAUUCACACAUACUAAAAAUAAUUAACGUUUUUGUACUAAUAAUCUAACUUGGUUUGCUUAAAUCAUGUAUUCUUUCUGCACCUAAUCUUUUGUUUUCUAGUACUAGAUUACCAUUAAACUAGUGUAAUUUUCUGUAACAGUGUUAUUGAUCAGCAUUAACUGAAAAUUACUUGAAAUUUUUUUAUCAAGUAGUCUUAUUAAGUGCCUUACGACAGAACUGCUAAAUUAUCUUAAAAGGAUAUUUUAAUUUAUAAUAUUGUAAACUGAGAUUCUAAUGACUUUUGGAAACCAUCAAGUGCACAUACAUGAAACAAUUAUAUUACAUGAGAAAUUAUAUAUAUGUUCCAAUAACAAUGAAAUAAAAAAGGUUUUAAAAGCCAUUAGAACUGUU